GGGCCAUAACGCACAGCUUGUAGUCUGUCUUGACUCGGCAUGGUUGUGUCUACAGCUUUGUACUAAAUCCAGCCCGUUUAAUCGAGCCAAAAAUUAUCCCGGAAUAAGGACAGCACGCAUGUGCCGUCAACCCGGAUGUAGAUAUUUCUGUCUCCGUGCGCUCCCCAAUUCUUCCAAGUUAUGACAAGCCUGCUACCGCACAUUUAAGAAUUGCAACAACCUGUCAAACAAUAUAAUAAACAAUGCGGUUUUGUUCGUCUUUGUUUGGUGCGUGAGAAGUUGAACUAGCGCGAGGCGGCCCCGCGUUUUGCAGGAACGGGUUCUUAUCAUGGACUAUCGCGGCAGGAGGCACGAGCGAGGCAGCAACUGGACCGACCCGGAGAUCGUGGAGUUGCUCCAGCUGUGGUCCGAUGAGUCGGUCCAGAUUGAGCUGGAGAGCUCUUUGCGCAACCAGCGCGUGUUUGACCGCAUCGCGCACGUUUUACGCGAGAAGGGCAUUUACCGCACAGGUGACCAGUGCAGGGAGAAAAUCAAGAAGAUGAAGCUGGAAUACCGGCGCAUCAAAGACAACCACAAAAUGAGGACUUGGAAGUUUUAUGACGUGAUGGAUAAAGUUCUGGCGAACCGUCCGGCCAUCACCUACUCCUCCCUGGGCGGAGCCGUGGUGGCUCAGCAGGUAUUCCAAAGUCCAGGUGGAUCUGAAGCGUUUCUGCAAGGAGUCUCGGCAGGCUCGUUCGGUCCUGUCUCGUCGGGUGGGUUUUUGUUCGGCCAGCCCCCAAAGGCUGGUGAAGGACUGGAUAUUAAAUGUGAGGAUGUUGAGGAGAGCAUGCUGAACUCAGGUGUGGCCCCACCUGAGAUGUACUACGGCUCUGGAGAUGAGCAGGAAACGGAUGGGCAGUCUUUGCUGGAAGCAGAGGACACACUGGGUCACGCUGAGAGCUCAUCAAACACAAGAAUCUCUCCCUCAGGUUUUAGUGACCUAAACACAACCGGUUCUGCAGCAGCUGUGCCUGAAGAUGGUCCUGUGGCACAAGAAACACUUGAGCUGCCUAAUAAGGAGAGUAACCAAACACCAGCGAAUGUGAGGCACAGAAAGCAUCGAAGGGGCGGCAGAUCCUCGCAGGGCCAUGGGAGUGGCAGGUGCAGUGGUCGGGAGAGUCUGGAUAAAGCCCUGGCCAGCUUCCUGAACUGGCAGCAGUCUGCAGAGGAGCGUCUUCUCUCCCUGGAAGAGGCAAGGCUGGAGCGGGAUUGGCGGGCCGAGGAGCGAAGAGAGCAGCGUGAGGAGAGGAGAGCAGAACAGGAGCGCCGGCAUGAGCUGCAGCUGUUCAGCAUGCUGACGGGGGCCCUGUUCCCCUCCAGACAGGACGCCCAGACUGCUGAUCCCUCUGCCUCACCUUCGGCUCAUCUGUCAGCUCCUCGGAUGACCACAGCCGCCCCCCCUGUCUCAUCAUCCUCAUCUCAGCCACCCGCAGAAGCUCCCACGGUGCAGGUCAUCUCCACUCAUGAGGCAGAAAAGUCACAGCCCACAUCUGUCACAGCCUGCCAGAUGUCACAAAACGUGUUGGCAACACCGAGAGGGGCAGAGGCUCCGAGCCCAAGUGUGUACCUGUCCAAACGAGGUAACAGCAUCCGACAGCAUCAAGGUACUCUGCAGGAAGGCUUUGUUCAGUAUGCAGCGAACAAAUACCACGUCACAGACAACCCCGAGGGAAUCAUCAACCUGGGCACCAGUGAGAACAAACUGUGUUAUGAUCUGCUUCAUGCACGACUGACCAGACCCGACAUGCUUUACGUCGAGCCGUCUCUGCUGCAGUACUCAGACUGGACGGGACGCACCUUCCUCAGAGAGGAAGUGGCAAAGUUCCUGACUCACUACUGCGGCUCCCCGAAGACGCUGAACGCAGACAACGUUGUGGUGAUGAAUGGCUGUGGUUCUCUCUUCUCAUGUGUUGCUGCUGUAAUUUGUGAUCCUAAAGACGCCAUCCUUAUUCCCACUCCUUUCUAUGGCGUCAUCACCGAUGACGUAGAUCUCUACAGUGACGUUAAACUCUUCCAUGUUCAUCUGGAUUGUGAGACGGACGGCAAGGACAGCCGAGCAUUUCAUCUCACUGUAGAAAAACUUGAAGAAGGUCUUACAAAAGCUAAACAGGAGGGGCUGAUCAUUCGAGCCGUUAUCCUGAUGAACCCUCACAAUCCUCUGGCUGAGAUCUACACUCCCGAGGAAAUGAUUGCCUUCUUAGAGUUCGCCAAAAGGAACGAUCUCCACGCCAUUGUGGACGAGUUGUACAUGCUGACAGUGUUUGAUGAAUCUGUCACCUUCCACAGUGUCCUCAGUCUAGACAGUCUGCCCGAUCCACUGAGGACGCAUGUGAUGUGGGGGCUGAGUAAGGACUUUGCCAUGUCAGGAAUCAGAGCAGGAACUCUGUACACGGAGAACAGAGAGCUGGUGGAGGCUCUGGCUCAGCUGGGCUGCUUUCACGGCAUCCCUGGGACCGUGCAGCACCAGGUGGCACAACUGCUUCAGGACCGAGCCUGGAUCGAUAACGAAUUCCUGCCCGAGAACAGACGCAGGCUAAAAGCUGCUCACAGCUUCCUGACUGGAGAGCUGUGCAGCAUGGGGAUCCCCUUCCUGGACAGGCCUGCAGCUCUGUUUGUCUGGGCUGACCUCAGAGAGUACCUGCAGGAGUCGUCGUUCCAGGAGGAGCUGAAUCUGUGGAGGUGCUUCCUCAGACACAACGUGCUGCUGAGCUGUGGCCAGGCCUUCUCCUGCUCCACACCUGGAUGGUUCCGAAUCGUCUUUGCGGACCAGCACCUUCACCUCGGCAUGAAACGAUUUCGAGAGGCUUUGAAGAAAAACGAAGAAAAAAGCACCCGUGCUGAUACGUCUGCCAUCAAAGAGACUGUCGAUAAGUGCAAAAACUCACCAACAGAAUCUGACAAUGCUGCGAUUGUCAAUUCUACAUCGCCACCCGGCAGCAAGUCAUUGGACCAACUGGAGGAGCGGGACAGCCCUGCUCCUGACACGGACUUGGUCAGCGCUGAGGGGUUGGUGUUGCUGGACUGUCAGGCGCCUAAGCCUGCAGAGAGUCUGGAGUCGCUUAUCGGCACCCUCAGGAAUCAGAUCCGUUCCUCUGAUUGGCUGGAGAAAAACACUCCAGAGCUGUCUGCAGGAGAAGACCCAGAAAUCCUCGACGUGUUCAAGGCUUUGCUGCACAGAGCCAGAAAGUAAGCGAAGGAUAAUGCAGGCAUGAAUGUAGCAGCCAAAACGUCAAAAACAUAUUUUAUUAGUCUUCCUGUUUGAGUCAUUUCUUUUAAAAUCUAGAACAAAUGUUAAUGAAGUUUAAAAUGAGCACCAAUGGAAACCAAGUUCUCCUCAAUCUGCUUUAUUUUUCUUCUAUAUGAUUAAUUUGUAUUAGACUAUUUUCUGUAAAUCGACCGAUCUGUGAAUAAAUCAUCCAGUUGCUCCUUG